CCGUGCGUGCGCUUGUGGCAGCAUCAUCAGCCGGCCCGGCGAUCGGCGCGCGUGCGACGGCGGCACAACGGCCUCUCAGCCUCUGCGGCGCCGCCCUCACACGCCCUCAUUUCCGUCAUCGCAUCAAGAUUGCACCGGCUCGCCGGCCAAGAAGGCGUGCGGGACUGGCCUCAAAAUCUGCAGUGGCGCAGCACAGACGGAGCCGGCGGCAGCAGGUGCCGACAUUGAUUUGCCUCAGCAAGCGCCGUAACGAGGUGGUCCUGAGAAGCGCUGCCGUCGUACGGCGAUCCGCAACAUGCCAGCGGCUGCUACAACCUCGAAAGCUCCAGCCCCGCCCACGCGUGUGCCGCAGUGGGACAUCCUGCACACGCUCACGCAUCUGUGCCAGCGCGCUCUCUUCCUCGCCGCCCGUGCCGCCCUGGCGAGUGGCCACGACGAGCGAGCCACUGCGCAGCUGGCACAGGCACGCGCCACGGCCCGCACGGCGCGUGCGCUGGCGGCCAAGGCGACGGUGCGCCUCGAUCCAUCGUUCAAGCGCUCCUUCUGCAAGCGCUGCGCAACGCCACUGCUGCCCGGCCUCACGGCCACGACGCGCGUGUUGCCGUCUGCUUCUCACGAGCACCUCAUGCGCACGCAGUGUCAUGCCUGCGGCCUCGUGCGCCGGCUGCCGGCACCGACGCAGCUCGGCGCCGCCAGUGCAUCUCUUGCGCGUCCUCGCCGCCUCGACGCCGGUGCUGCCGCAGUGACGCAAGACCCGCAGGCAGCGACGCUGCAAUCUGAAGAGCCAGCGGACGACGUGCAAAUGGGCGAUGCGGUAGCAGAUAGUACGAAGCCCGCCCUCGCUACGGAUACGGAUGCGGACAUGCAACAGCCGAAGAGCGCACCGCACCAGCAACCAGUCAAGCUCUCGCAGCGAGCCCGGCGGCGUGCUGCCCGCAUUCGCUCCGACAAUAAAGGAGAGACUGCGGCCAUGGCAUCCUCGGAAGAGCAAGCGUCCUCCUCUAAGGCACAGCCGCCGCCAGGCAGCGCCAAGCAAAAGAAACGCGCAGCACGCUCUCGUCGCGCACACCAGGUGCACGCAGCGCGAGAAGCUGCCGCAGCUGCGGCACCACAGCAGGCCGACAAGCGGAGGAGCGCACACCAGCAGCGUCGCAAGGCUGCGCCGCCGCCACGCUUGCCGCCGUUCCACGAGCGCGUGCGCAGCUCGGGCUGGGAUGUGCUGCUGGACGCCCAGGCGCACCAUGCCGACGCCGCGUCUGCGCAGCCUGACGCACACUCGCGCAUCGCGGCGGCGCUGAGAGCCUUGCGAGGCGGCCAUGAGGUCGCAGUGGGCCUUGGCCCUGCGGGAGUGCUAGGUCCGGCUGCUGAGCCGGCGCAGGUACCAUCCGCCCGAUAAGUCGCGACUGCUCAAAGGAGAGUGCAUGUGGCAGUCAGAAGCGCAAUGAUUGAAAGAAUCGUCAAUAUAGCAUGAAAGGAGUGGGUUCAGGGCACGGGCAGCAGGGCGCGAGGAUGCGGGUGUGGCCAGGAGCAAUGAGAUGCGAAGCGACGGCGGGCAUUGCGCAUCACCGUGCGCGCCGACGUCCUUGCGAGCUGCUGGGCCGCGCUGAAGACGAGGCUUCGGGUAUCCUUGGCUGUGCCGCAUCGCUCUGCGCCAGCAGUGGCCGCGAGGGGACAGCCUGUUGUGUCGACGCGCCUGCCGCACUCUUCUCCUGGCCCUCGCUCUCCUCCUCCUCCUCCUCCUCGGCGUCGCUGCGCGUGUCUUCGGCGCCGUUGCCCGAGACGACGCGCCAUGCGACGCGCAC